AUGAUUUUCCCACAGGUAUCGAUGCAGCAGCAGCAUCAGCAACAGCAGCCUCCAGUUGGCCUGCAUGAGCAAUCCCAGUCACCUGCCAUGGCACAGCAGAUGUCAGCCUCUCCACGGCCAUCCUCGUCGGUGGUGACAGCGCGCUCGGCUCUCCCAGACAGAAAUGUAAUGGCAGAUACUAUCGAGGACGCCUACGUGCAGUUUGUGUUGUACUGCAACCCCGCUGUGCCGGCUGAGACAGACACGUCCGGGUUGCGAGAGGCGUUUCGGAUACCGCCCAAGAGUGGCGGCAAGACCUUUAGCACUUUUACCCUCUUUCAGCUCAUCCGGCAACUGGAGGUUAAAGAGAUCAAGACGUGGGCCGAGUUGGCCCUGAAAUUGGGCGUUGAGCCCCCUGACCAGGACAAAGGUCAGAGCUCACAGAAGAUUCAGCAGUAUGCUGUCCGGCUCAAGCGCUGGAUGCAUUCCAUGCACGUAGAUGCCUUCUUUGAGUAUUUAAUGGAUCACCCGCAUCCAUACUGGACUGAGAUCCCCACUGACCCAACUCCUGUAUGCGAAACUGGGAGGGAUGGCGUACUGGCAGAGGACGAUAUGGCUCUUCGCGCUUUGCUACCCGAGAUCAGACCUCGGCGUGGUAGGAAACGUCCGGAUGAGGAUGACCUCGCGAAGUCUCCAUUGCAAAGGGCGCGGCUAGAUUCCCCGUCGACUGGAGACGGUUAUCGUGGAGACAGUCUUGGGCCAUGGUCCGCCCACGUAGAUGGACGAAGCACUUAUGGCGGUUCGGAUACGCUCAAGCAGGGCGCAACUACGGCUUCAACGUCGGGAUGGCUACCAGCACCUGACCCGACUCAGACACCACUCUCGGCAUAUCCUCAAGGGUCAAUGUCCGCGAUAACACCAUCAACAAAUCGCACUGCGUUCUGGGCCGAUUCUGAGCCGAAGUCGGCAGUCACGCCAUUGAGAUCUAAGGCUUCGCAUCGUCGACACGGCGCGAAGGUCGUAUCGUCCGCAUGGCGGAGCAGUGCGCUGGGUGCUUCUGGCAGGGCUCGUGGUAGGCCGCCGUUGAACAAGACAAACACCGAUGGGCCAUUUGUAGCUUUUCCUGUCGAAGGAUCAGCAUGCAACCCAAGCCCAGAGAGCAAAAGUAUACAGACACCAAUCACACCCGAGGCAUCAAUAACACAGAGCACGCCGCCAGCUGUGGCCCCAGAUCAUCAACCGCCCUUGCCCCGGCCAGCGAAGCCCAGUAUUUCGUUACAAGUCCCUGAACGCCAUGGCGGAUCCGUUCGUCUCGCAACACCGCCGCCGCCGGUCGUAAUAGUCAACGGGAAUAUAACAGACGCCGGGAAUCUAACAGCAACGGCACCCCCUGUAGACGUUCCUCUGGAACCGCCACCGAAACCUCCCGUAUGUCUGCAGGCACAACAAACAACCCCAGACGUACCGCCCCCUCGAAAAGGAAACGGACCUGCGCCGCAGCCGAACGACAUCCCUAUCGGCAUGUUCGAGAACAUGGAAGACCGGACGAAUAUCGAAGCGGUGCUUGGCUAUUUCAUUCACGAAACAGCUAACGGGGAAUGGGUGGACUCAGAGAACAACCCUAUCGAGGGUUGUAGCAUGGCUGAAGCGUAUGCGCUGGUGCACACAACGAUAGAGAGAAUGUGGCAGACGGCGGCGAACGAAGACGCAUUCAUGAUUAAUCUAGCCGUAUUGGCGGGCGGCAGGGCACUGAUGAACACGAGCAAGUUGAAAAUAAAGAGGGAAGUUGAAUACGAGGACCGCGCCAUAUACAGUUGUUCAUGGCAAUUUAGAAUGGGUAAUAUCCGUGGCAAUUACAACAUGGUACAAACAGUUAUGUACAACCGGUGGAAGAAGACCGAGGAAGAGAAGAAGACUGAUAAGCCAGUCGAAAAGACAACAAUAGGGGGAGGCACCACCCCGGAAUCGGACUGGGAAACGAGGUACAGAGACUUGUUGAGAGUAUCUGAGCUGAGGGAUCGAGAGCUCCAGGAGCUGAGGGCAGGGGUGUUGUCGUCGUUAAAUCAAACGUUCACGGAUGCCAAAGAGCUUGGGGAACAGGAGCGCCCGUAA